AUGCAUUCAACAGUCACUACAGAUCUUUCUAAUCUAUAUCAAAAUUUACACGAUAUUACCGGCAAUAAUCACAAGGAAAAUGUCGUUUUGUUCAAAACAGGUGCUUUCAAUCCUAUUCACCGUGCUCAUCUAUUCAACAUGAUCAAAGCUAAAGAAUAUCUAGAACGUAUACAUGAUUUUCGUGUUAUCGGUGGAUAUCUAUCACCUAGUCAUGACGAAUAUGUCCAAGCUAAACUAGACGAAGAGUUCAUUGUUGGGCAUCAUCGCGUUCGCAUGUGUGAAGAAGCGAUAAAGGAAGCAAAUCAACAACAUUGGCUCAGUGUUGACAAAGCCGAAAUCAUGGCCUCACAUAUAAUGUCUAUCUCGAAGGUCACACUUGAUCUACAAACAUUCAUAAACGAAAUGCUCAAGUCAGAAAGGCCGAUUCGUGUCAUCUUUGUAACUGGUCUUGAUCUUUUCAAUGAUUGUCAUGGCAUGAGAGUGAUGCAGCAAUCGCCGUGGAAUGGUGUUGCUGUUGUGUAUCGAUCCGGUGUACAGGAGAAGCUCGUCGAAUCGAUGCAAUGUGUCCCUUAAAAAAGAACGGUAGAGAACUGUGAGAUUAAUCCUGCUUGUUUUGUUGUCGUCAAGUCAAGGCUAAGUGUCUUCGUUCAAUUAAACUUCAGUUUGUCAAUUGAAAUUUGCUCUUCUAAACACCUGGAUUCAACUAUCGCUGCCAGUUCGGGAUAUAGUGGUGGUAUUAUUAUGAAUGGUCAGAAACAAAAGGAAUUUGUGACGAUGGUACAAAAACACAUGGUUGACCUCAAUUCUGACGGAUACAUUUCGAUGCCAGAUAUAGUCAAACGUGUAUGGAUCGAUAUUGGAUCGAGCAAGGACUCGUUUUUAGGCGAUUGUAGUAUUUGCCAAAGAGUUUAUUGGCCACAUCGAUCACCGAUGACGUUGACUCAAGAAUUUCAACAAUCAAAUGAUCUAUUCGUGAUCGCCAUCGAUCCAAAUAUUGACUUUUACAGUUCAUUGUCGAAGAUUCCAAGAUUGAUUCCAAUCAUCGCUGCCGUAUUUCCAACUGAAGGAACGCGAGCCUUUUAUGAAUAUCAAGGUAGCGGUUGCAGUAGUCUUCUCGAACCGAAUGCGAAUAUCGACAGGAAAUUGGCAAUUUAUGAAUGGUUUCGACCCUGCACGAAAGUAACUAAAAUAACAGGUGUCUCAACAUUACGUUUAGAAACAAUAUUGUCAAUUAUUGAUCCUCGUUUGAGCAUCGAACUACUCAAAGUUGAUGCACAAGGUGUAGAUUUAGACGUCGUUAAAAGUGCUGGAAAACAAUUGAAAAGAAUCGACAAAGUAAUUAUUGAGAUUCAAUUAGAUGACGAAAAGCGAAAUAAUUCUAAUAUUCUUUACAAGAACGCGAAUAGUGCCAGUGAAACGUUAGAAUAUAUGAAAGCGAAUGGAUUUGCCUUCGACAAAGAUCAAUCAAGCGUUGAAAACAAAGCAAUAGAAGAAUACAAUUAUGUUUUCAACAAAGGCAAGCUCUGA